AUGAAGCUGGCGGAGGAGCUGUACCAGGCAGGGUUUGUGUCAUACCCCAGGACCGAGACCGACGCCUUUGACCCAGGGAUGGACCUGAUGUCGAUAGUGCAGGAGCACAGCAACGACGCGCGCUGGGGGGCGCACGCGGCCGCUAUCGCCGCAGGGCAAAUGUGGAAGCCGCCAAGGCCGGGCGGCCACGAUGACAAGGCGCACCCGCCCAUCCACCCGACGCGGCACACCACGGGGGAGGUUGGCUGGUCGCACGAGAAGUGCCAGGUGUACGAGCUGAUUGUGCGGCACUUCCUGGCCUGCUGCUCCAAGGACGCCGUUGGGCAGGAGACGGUGGUGGAGAUAGACAUCGCAGGGGAGGGAUUCAGGACGACAGGCCUUAUGGUGACCGAGCGCAACUGGCUGGACGUGUACCCCUACCAGUCGUGGGGGGGCAACGCCAACCUGCCACCCCUGGCGGAGGGGGAGCAGUUUGUGCCCACAGAGCUGCUGCUGAAGGAGGGCGCCACCCAGCCGCCCGCGCGCCUGAGCGAGCGCGACCUCAUCGCGGCGAUGGAGCGCCACGGCAUCGGGACGGACGCCACGGUCGCGGAGCACAUAUCGAAGCAGCUGGACAGGGGCUAUGCCUCCAAGGAUGCGGCGAUGACGUUCUGGCCCACCCCCCUGGGGGAGGGCCUCAUCAGCGCAUACAGGCGGAUGGGUCUGGACAACCUCUGGAAGCCGGACCUGCGGGGGCGCAUUGAGCAGGGCAUCGCGCGCGUGGCUGCGGGGCAGAUGAGCAAAGACCAGGUGCAACAAGGGGCCGCUCUGCUGCUGCUGCUGUAUGUGGGACGGGCAGGAGCAGGAUCGCAGGUGUCAGCCGAUCAUUGUGAGCGCCCUGCCACCGCCUAG